UUGCCGGAAGGAGCCGUUACCCCGAGCAACGACAACGUCCGGUUUUCGGAGUUUGGUGGCGGGAAAAGCCAUGAGUAAAGGCCGGUCAGAAGCUGCCGCGGGAGCCUCCGGGAUCCUGCUGAAGUACCUACAGGAGCAGAACCGGCCCUACAGUGCCCAGGACGUAUUCGGGAACCUGCAGCGGGAACAUGGGCUGGGCAAGACGGCGGUGGUGAAGGCGCUGGAGCAGCUGGCCCAACAAGGCAAAAUCAAAGAGAAGAUGUAUGGCAAGCAGAAGAUAUACUUUGCGGACCAGGACCAGUUUGACGUGGUCAGUGAUGCUGACCUCCAAGGCCUGGAUGCCAAAAUCUUGGCUCUCACUGCUAAGGUGCAGAGCUUGCAGCAGACCUGCCGCCACAUGGAGGCUGAGCUGAAGGAGUUAACUAGUGCCCUGACCACACCGGAGAUGCAGAAAGAGAUCCAGGAGCUAAAGAAGGAAUGUGCUGGCUACAGAGAAAGACUGAAGAACAUCAAAGCAGCCACCAACCACGUGACUCCAGAAGAGAAAGAGCAGGUGUACAAGGAGAGGCAGAGGUACCACAAGGAGUGGAGGCGGCGCAAGAGGAUGGCAACAGAGCUGUCUGAUGCCAUCCUUGAAGGAUACCCCAAGAGCAAGAAGCAGUUCUUUGAGGAAGUUGGGAUAGAGACGGAUGAGGAUCACAACGUCAAGCUCCCAGAUCCCUGA